AUGGAUGACAGUAACUUGCCUAUAACUGGUAUUUGUUUAGUUUCAAAACCAGGGAAUGUACCAACAGGCUAUGAUUGUAUUCGAAAAGCUUAUGACGAAAAAUCGAAAGAUGCUGAUUUAAUGCCUGAUGGUUUUCUUGAACGUAAAGAUCGUUUUGUUUGUAUUACACAUAGAUAUCCACUUGCUGAUAAUAGAGCAUAUGUUGUAGAAGAUAUUAAACUUAUAAAUGAACGUGACACUCCACCACUACCAUAUGUUGGAUUAACACAAACAGUAGAUACAUUUGAAAAAGGUACUGCUAAACGAAUAAUUUGUGUUAAAUUAGUCGAACGACAAGUCGGUAUGAAAUGUAUAUGUGAUAUUAUAUUUCUUUAUCGUUCAAAACGUCCACCACAAUCUUAUACAAUAAUUGGUGAAAUUAAUGGUUUACAAAUGUGUAUUAAAGAAGGUAUCGUACCAUCUGUUCGACCACCACCACCACAAUCACCACAUUCUAGAUCGACAACAUCAAAUCUCUAUCCAAGUACAACAGAUAAUCAAUUUUAUUAUCAACCCCAAUGCCAAACAUCUAAUGGUCAAAUGGAUCAUUCAAAUACACAUACAUUGGGAAAAAAAAGUGAUGAAAAAGAAAUUCUUGAUGGUAUACCAUUUUCAAUUAAUCCAAAAUAUCUAACAACGAAUCGUAAAGAUGCUAAUGAUUUAUUAGGAUUUGAUUCAUUUCGAAUUCUUUCACCAUAUGAUAUUGAACAAAAUUUUCAUUAUGAUUUUCACCUUGAAAGAUCUUCACUUUAA